UACAGGAAUCCACUGACCAAUGAGCUGGUAGGCCCCGCCGGGGGGCGGGACUAGGCACAGCCCGUGAGGACCAGAGAUGACAGUGUCCAGGCAGCUGGGAGCCCUAAGCGGAGCCAAAAUGGGGUCACCUGGGGAUGGAGCCGGGGCGCGGACCCGAACCCGACGGGUGUUUCCACCUCAAGCUUCCUCAGAUUCUGAGCUAGAAACAGAGAGAAUUGGUGGUAUCACUCAGCCCAGGACAGAUGAGCAGUUGGAUUUUCUCCAGGCAGGCAAGGAGAUGGCAGCUGCCUCAGGCUCAGCUGAGGGGUAUUAUGACACACUGCAGGCACUCAAAAUGAAAAACAGACAGUAUCUAUUAGAAUUGGGCUUGCUCUACCAGGUAAAAUUGGAGAGUGACCAGAAACCCUUCAAGGAGGAACUGGAAGACUUCUUCCAAGACAACGGGCGAUUGACUCUGCAGGGCAAGCCCUAUGAGGCUUCAAGAUCUAGUAUCAUAAGCCAGUCCAGUUCUUUAACUGACCUAAACUUGGAUAGUCCUUGGGAUCAGCAAAAUCCCCUCUCACUUCCUCAGUCCCACCUGAGGCCAAAGACUGCUGCAUCUGCCUGGAUCUCUACUAUUACCAUCCCCCAGCCCUUCAAGAUGACUUUGCGUGAGGCUCAUAAAAAGCCCCAGUUGAUGAAAUCACGUGCAUCCCUUGAGCUGGAGAAACAAAGGGACAAAAGACAAAGUCAGGAGGAGGCAGAGUGCCAGAAGCAGUUCCGGGCACAGCCGGUGCCUGCCCAUGUCUACUUGCCACUCUACCAGGAAAUAAUGGAGCAGAAUGAGAUUCGCAGGGAGGUGGCAACACAGAAGAGAAAAGAGUUGCUCCUUUCCACUCAGCGACCCUUCAGCUUCCUGGAAAAGGAGGACAAGAAAAAGGUGGCCAUCAGACAGAAGGUCUUGGCAGCACUGGCUCCAGUUGAGAACUCCAAACCAAAAGGCAGCAAGACAGUCCCUAAAUCCAUCUAUAACCCAGUUCUUGGGGAUAAACUCAAAGAAGCUGAACUCUACAGGAAAAUCCGCAUUCAGAUGAGAGCCAAGGAUUUGUUGGAAAACUCCUUGGCUCCUAUUGAUCCUAGCAACAGGCAAAGAGAGCCACAGUCCCGAAUCGCCACCAAAACCAAACAAGAAAAACUCAGCUUUCUGCAAGACGACUUCAGUUUUAAACCAAGAAUUAACCCAGUGGUGCCUGAUUUUGAAAGACUUUACUGGGUGUUUCAGAGAGAAGCAAUAAGGAUACGAGAAGUCAAAGAGCCAACUCGUAAUCAACCAUUUAAACUGAGAACCUCCAAUCUCCACUGCAGGCAGAGACAGGCUAAUCAGCAAAAAAUGAAGCAGCCUUCCAAGGCUCCAGUGCAAAGAAGUUGUUCUCUGACUGGUCUCUCCUCUCUCUCUUGCAACACCCUUCCAGUGCACAUUACAGAUGCAACAAGAAAGAGGGAAUCAGCGAUGAGAUACUCCCAGGAAGACAAAAAGAGCAGGGAGAAUGAAGGAAUUCAUUGGAUGGAGAUACAGAGAAAAAAAUGUCAGGCUAUGCAUAAAUCUAUGAGCAGUCGAGCAAAAGCAAUGGAUCCCCAUAAAAGCCUGGAGGAGACGCACAAGGAGAAGAUGAAACAGAACUGGCAAAAUGACCGCAAAAGAACAAAGGAGUACAAAAAAGAACUGGAAGAAAUGCAGAUACGAGUCAAGAACCGACCAUACCUCUUUGAACAGGUCACAAAGCAUGAUGCCCGGCAAGAGGCAGAGCGACACUAUCGGGACGCCCUUUGUCAGGUGGGGCUGAAUGAGGAAUUUGUAAGGAACAAAGGGAGAGAUGCUACUGACCUACCAAAGGAGGAAGAGUCUGAAACUCACAGAGCGCAGGAGUCUCAGAAGGACACAGACAUUGGCACGAUACAGGAAGAAAUCUUAGGAAGAGCAGAGAACAAAGAAAAUGACAACAUAAGAACCCUGCACAAGACUCAGUGGACCUACUUUCAAUUAUUUCCUUUAGUCCAAGAUGCUUGAAAGCAGCAGUUCUAAACUUUUUACUUGCAUGACCCCAUUUUCAGACUUACUGCUUCCUGUGACCUUACAGCAAGGAGGAUGUCAUUUUGUAGAGCAACAUGGUGUCUGCCACACAGCAUGAUCUCACACACACUAUACAUGCACGGUCACGCUGUGUGGAGCAAAAUGGCAUCCUCCACACACUCAGAAACACCGUAAAUGCAUCCACUGAUGGCAUGACUGCAGUCCUAUCUGCCGAUGGCACAAUCCCUCUUGGGGUCACAAUCCAUAGUUUGGGAAUCACUGUUCUAGAGUUUCAACAGUAGAACCUCAGAGUUACAAACAUCUCAGAAAUGGAGGUUGUUUAUAACUCUGAAAUGUUCGUAACUGAACAAAACAUGGUUGUUCUUUCAGAAGUUUACAACUGAACAUUGACUUAAUACAGCUUUGAAACUUUACUAUGCAGAAGGAAAAUGCUGCUUUCCCUUUUUUUUUUUUUUAUUAGUUUGCUUUUAACACAGGACUGUACUUUAUUUGCUUUUUUUUUUCUUCUUUCCCCUCCCAUCUCUGAUGCUGCCCGUGUACUUCUGGUUCCAAAUAAGGUUUGCGGUUGGUCAGUUUAUAAUUCAGAUUCUACUGUAUUUUCAAGUGACUGACUUAAGAGAAAGUUGCUGUGGUUUGGAUGACAUAAGAAGACUACGCACAGGAGCGAGAAGGUGAGGAUUAACUCUUGCCUAGAACACUUCUUGCCCCUCCCUCUGGUCUCCUCCUAAAUCCCUCAAAAGUGUUCCCCAACUGACUCAUUUCCUUGUCCCUUAUUCUGGUUUUCAGGUUUAGAACCAACAGUGAAACUGCGUGAAGCAGGGAGAGAGGAGGGUGAUGGGUUGGGGCACUAUUGCUGAAAAAGAGAGGUAGACCUGAAGGCAUGUACACGUGUGUUCACUUCCUUUGUGCUCAAAAGACUCUGAAUGGAAAGCGCAAAUUUAGUAGAUUUUAAAAUUUUGCUCUGAAGCUGUCCCUUGUUUUUGAUGUUGAUUUCUGUUGAUGUUUCAUGUUGCAUGCUGAAGUGGAUUUUAAGAUAUUUGUAUAGAAUAAUAGAUUUAUGGAUUUGAAUUACCCUGGGGAGACGACUUGAAAAGAAGCUCUUCUCUAGCAUCUUGCCUCUGCACCAGCUGAACAGCAGCUCUGCUCCUCUCCUAUUGUUAUGGAGACACUGUCUUGCCAUAAAAGUUGCAACCACUUUCCAUUAUAAAGCUCUAUUUUAACCCCUUGUAACUUUGGCUCAGAUCAUGGGUUUGGCAUAAUUUACUGUGAAGGAUGUCGGUGCAAGGUUUGAGGAAAUUCGUCACAUUUUGAGCUCCAUGUAAUUAAAAAGCUAUCCAAAUCUGAAGUUUGGGUUCCUGUCUAAUGUUGUUCUCUCUUAGCUCAAAAUCAGUUUGUUAAAACCCCUUAAAGCUCCCUGAAGUCAUGUCCUGCCUAUAUGCUAUAAUUAAGCAAAGUUCCUAGAAAUGUAGGGCUGGAAGGGAACUUGAAAGCUCUUCUAAUCCAACUCCUUGUGCUGAGACAGGACCAAGUAUACCUAGACCAUCCCUGACAUGUUUUCUAACCUGUUCUUAAAACCCUCCAAUGGCAGAGAUUCUACCACCUACGCUGGGGGCCUAUUCCAGUUCUUAACUAUCCUUAUAAUUAGAAAGCUUUUACCAACAAAUUUCCCUUGCUGAUUACUUCUUGUCCUACUUUCCCAGAACAUGGAGAACAAUUGAUCACCAUCCUCUUCAUCACAGCCCUUAACAUUUUAAACACUGUCAGGUCCCCCCAUAUUUUAACACUAGUAUCAAAUCAUCUUUUCUCAAAACUAAAUACAUCCAUUUUUUUAUCCUUUCCUCAUAAGUCAGAUUUUCUAAACCUUUUAUCGUUGUUGCUCUUCUUGGGACUUUCCAAUUUGUCCACAUCUUUCUUAAAGUGCGUCACCCAGAACUGUCAAAUAGAGCAGGACAGUUACUUCCCCCUUCUUACAUACAACAUUGCGGUUAAUGCAACCCAGACUGAUAUUUUUUUUGUAACUGCAUCAUAUUGUUAGCUCAUAUUCACUUUGUGAUCCACCUCUACUCUCCCCCGCCCGAUCCUUCUCGGCAGUAUUACCACCUAGCAGUUAUUUCCCCUUUUGUAGGAAGAAAAAAUUAAAUGCACCCCUAAGUGUAGUACUCUUCACUUGUCUUUAUCAAAUGUUAUGAUGUUGAUUUCAGACCAAUUCUCCAAUUUGUCACAGUUGUUUUGAAUUCUAAUUGUCCUCCAAAGCGUUUGCACCCCCCCCCAACUUGGUGUCAUUUACAAAUUUUUAUAAACAUAUUCCCCACUUUGUGAUGCAAGUUAUUAAUGAAAACAUUGAAUUUUACCAGACCCAGAAUGGACCCCACAGAACUCCCCUCAGGUAUGUCCCCAGAGUUUCACAGUCAACCACUGAUUACUACUCUGAGUACAGUCUUUCAACCAGUUUUAUACCCACCUUACAAUAAUUUCAUGGAGCCCACAUUUCCCUAGUUUGCUUUUUUGUUGUGGAUGGUUUUGGGACCAGUUCUACUACUGAUAUCCAUGGCUGUUAGGAGACCAAGCCUGUCCCCAUUAACAUUACUGGGAGCUUUUUCUACAUGGAUUUCAGUGGGACCAGGUACUAUAUACGAGUAUGUCCACUGCACUGCCUGGCUGCAUCUUAAAUGAUAUAAAGGGUAUUUCUAUAGCUGACAGCAAAUAGAGAUCUUCCUUCAGAUAAGAGCGGGGGCAGGAGGGUCUGUGUUUUUAGGGGUAAGUCUCAUUGACAAUUAGAAUAUUUUCUGAAAAUGUGCAUUAUGUCAAAGUGCUUUGAGAUUAAAAGAUGGCUCCUUUUUAA